CCCUGGGGCCAGAUAUCAAAUGACUGGGAACCGUUUUUAUGCCCCAGAGCUCACAAAAUUAUUCAAAUUAGCCAAUUCACUGGGAGCCUGCCUACCUAGCUAACCCCACUUUGCUUUCCAUACUUAAGCCAUCUCCAACGUCUCCAGUUUACUGAGCCUGUUUGGCACUGCCUGACUGCCUUCUCUCAUUUGGAGCUAAAAAGAAAACUAACUGCAAGACCAUGGCAAAAGCUGACUGGGGAUAUGAUGUCAAAAAUGGUCCUGAGCAAUGGGCCAAGCUGUACCCCAUCGCCAAUGGAAAUAACCAGUCUCCUAUUGACAUUAAAACCAGUGAAGCCAAACAUGACACUGCUCUAAAACCUAUCAGUGUCUCCUACAAUCCAGCCACAGCCAAAGAAAUUAUCAACGUGGGACAUUCGUUCCAUGUAACUUUUGAGGAUAAUGACAACCGAUCAGUGUUGAAAGGCGGCCCUCUCUCUGAAAGCUACAGGCUCUCCCAGUUCCAUUUUCACUGGGGCAGUGCAGACAACCAUGGCUCCGAGCACACAGUGGAUGGAGAACAAUUUUCUGGAGAGCUUCACAUAGUUCACUGGAAUUCCGAAAAGUACUCCAGUUUUGCUGAAGCUGCCUCCAAGGCUGAUGGUUUGGCAAUUAUUGGUGCUUUGUUGAAGGUUGGACAGGCCAACCCAACGCUGCAGAAAGUACUUACUGCCUUAAGUGCAAUUAAAACUAAGGGAAAAAGAGCCCCAUUCACAAAUUUUGACCCUUCUACUCUCCUUCCUUCAUCUCUGCAUUACUGGACCUACCCUGGCUCUUUGACUCAUCCCCCUCUUCAUGAGAGCGUAACUUGGAUCAUCUUUAAGGAGACCAUCAGUGUCAGCUCAGAACAGCUGGCCCAAUUCCGCAGUCUUCUAUCAAAUGUUGAAGGUGAAAAACCUGUCCCCAUACAGCACAACAACCGUCCACCCCAGCCUCUGAAAGGCAGAAUAGUGAGAGCUUCGUUCUAAUGGCCCAGAAGGAAGCUUAUCCACCCUCAAGGAACACAGCCCUGCUUCUCAUAAUCCAGUAAAAUAAUAACUUCUUUAAAAACCAGAUUUAUUUCAAUACUAGCAACACAGCAAAGCUGCAAAUUUAAUUUGUAGAGUUAAAAAACCUUAAUUUUAGUUCUUAACACUUAAAUUGGAAUUUAUAAGCUUGCAAAACUUGUGCUAAAAUUCAAAUUUGUCUUGUGGAAUUUUUCAUAACUGCUAUUAAGAUGCACUGAAUAAUUUUUUAGUGAUUUCUAUCUCUCUCUAUUUUAUUAAGUUUAGUGGAACCAAAAUAAAGUGUGUAUUAAAAAAUAAAUUUCUACCCCAUUUGCAUUCAAAAAUCUGAAAUGCCUUACUUGCAGUGUUAUUUUGCCUCAAAUGGAAUAAUCUAAGAGUAGCUUGAGAUAAAAUAUUGAGAAAUUCAUUUGCUUACUCAAAGACAAAUAUACAGCUAAGAUGACAACUGGAUUUGGUAUUAUUGAUGUUGGCCCAACGUAACUACCAUUUCAUUUUCUGUGAUAAAAACAUUUUUAUAUAGAUAGGAUAAUGAUGCUUUUGGUUAUUGCUUCUACUUUUCCUCUUCUCAUUAGUUAGAGCCACUUUUUUCCCCAUUAUUAUAACUAUUUAGCUUGCAUGGAAAAUCCGCACUUCAAAAUUGGAAGAAAGCCCAGCAGUGAAUGUUUUAGACAAAUACUGAAAGAAUCAUGUGGGCUUAGAACCAUAGCUUAGAAAUAUGUAAUGUUUUAGUUAGACGCACACUUAACAUGAAGCUCAUUCUUUCUGAACCUGUAUCUACAUCAGAAUUCUACAAAUCCUGUGUCCAGUUUUGAGUCUUGUGGUUUACUUUAGUUCACUCUUCUGGGAAAUCAUAUUAGAAAGCCCACGCUCAUUCUAAUGUCCUAAUCUUAUCUAAUGUCACACAUUCAGUUGAAACCUCUAAGUAAGUAUAAUCAUAGUUUAAAAAUACAAACUAAGCAGAUUGCUGUAAAGGCAAUAUUUAUUUUAUACACCUAAAACCGUACCAAAAGAUUCCUUUUGAAAUAUUUUAUUUGGGGCCCUUACCUUCUAAUAAGGAAGACUUACAUAAGUUCUGAACCCCAAAUUUAAGUGAAUCCUCCUGAUUAAAAUGUAGUGGUAAUGUAAUUAAUAUCAUUAAAUUGUAUACCUGAAAAUUGUUGAAUUGGCAAAUGUUGUGUUAUAUAUAUUUUUACAACACUCUAAAAAACUGUAAUGGACCCAAAUAACACCUUAUCUCUGCUCCCAUAAGCAUCCUAUAAAUAUAA